ACGUUGGCCGCUGGAUAGAAGAAGAGCACUGUGCCGUCUGCCCAGAGGACGACAGUGCUGCACCUGGUGUGAACAUAGAAGUGUGGGAGAGGCUAGCAGCAACCAUCCCUUCAUAGAACUUCACCGACACAACAGAAUGUUUGCAGGAGGAGGUUAUGCUGUUUGUUAACAAGGUAGCAGAACUCGUCCACAGCAAAGCUGUCGCAAACUACGGGGCACCUAACAAAAACAUCGGCGAUGCUUUCCUCAUUGUUUGGAAAAAGCAUAUUGUUGACCAUACUGCAUUGAAGAGUGGCGGAUCUUCAUUUGCUGAUCGAGCAUUGCGGGCAUUCCUAGAGAUCAUCGUGGAGAUUGAAACAAGCACCCAGUUCUCGGCAUUCACAUUUCAUCCUGCCAUCCAGAAGCGCAUGCCAGGUUACCGAAUCAAGAUGGGUUUUGGAUUACAUGUGGGAUGGGCAAUUGAGGGAGCAAUCGGCUCACGACAUAAGGUGGACCCGUCCUAUCUGUCCCCACAUGUCAACAUGGCGGCUCGACUUGAGGCAGCGACAAAGCAGUAUGGUGUCACCAUACUGCUGUCAGAGACAGUACUAGCAAAUCUCUCAAAACCUUAUCUCAGGUCUGGGUGCCGGAGGCUGGACCGUGUGACGGUGAAAGGUAGUGCAGAGCCCCUUUCCCUUUUCACAUUUGAUCUGCCUGUGCUGCAGAAGGGAUUGAAAGGCGACAGCACAGAGUACCGUGAGCGCUUUACACGAGGUGUUGAUUCCUACCUGCUUGGCGAUUGGAAUGAGGCGGUGAGGCGACUGCGACAGUGCCAACGCAUUUGGCCAGAUGAUGGACCUGCACGCGUUCUCCUGAACUUCAUGGAGCGCCAUGGAAACAAAGCUCCUUCAGCUUGGAAGGGCUUUAGGGAGCUCACAGAAAAGUAGCACUCAACUGCCAAGAUGGCUAUGAGGUCCUGAUGGAGUUACCAUCGAGUCCAUCUGCAGCCGCCAAGGUGAGUCAUUAUGAAGGUUCUUGGAAGUUUGAAGUCGCCGUAAAGCGAUUGCAAGGAACUCCAUGAACUUAUUAUCUUCAGGCUUGGCAGCGCGGCUGGAUAUGCAGCCAGAUUUGUGGGGUCUAGAUGAUCUGGCUGGACCAUCGGGCAGGUCUGGGCCAAGAACUGGAAAAGGGUUCCGCACAGGCCCAUGUCCGUGUUUGUCCAUGUCUGUCCGCCAACCGCAUACUGUUUUCCGACUCGUUGCCCAGGCGUUUCUGGAUGGUCCAGCAACACCAGUCAGAGUCCGGAUUCCGGACCCAAGAAAUCUGGCAAGAUGUGCGGCCCUACUACCUGGUCUUGAAGUUUGUUCCAGAUGGUUACCAUGGCAUCAUGUGCAGCUACUGUGAAGUUACGAUGAAGUUACUGCGUGUUAAGGCCAUGUGGACCACCAGAUGACCUCAGCCCAUCACCCGCCUGCCCAUUAGUCUGUGAGAAGGAUCUGCUGUACCACAGCUAGGAUAUCGUAUAGCGGACGUAGGAGGAAUAUGUCUUGUCUGUCUGCAUGCAAUUGUAUUUUCCUUGUACCCUUCGCCAAAUAAAAUUUGUGAUUUUCC